AUGGAACACCACCCGGAGGAAAUCGAUGAAGUAAUUGCUUCACUUCCUAAAGAGAGGGGGUUCCUGGCUCCUAAUCUAUGCCUUUACCAAAACUUUUGGCUCCCAGUGACCGUCCUUCCAAAUGUCAUCACAUUCCAGAGGCACUUCAGAGCCAAAGACAAUGACAUUGUCCUAGCCUCUCAGCCCAAAGCUGGAACCACUCUAAAAGCCCUGGUGUUCUCGAUCGUAAACCGCCGCUACUUCGAUAUCUCGAACACGCCCUUGCUCACCUCCAAUCCCCAUGAACUCGUCCCUUUCUUGGAGUUCACCUUGUAUGCGAAUAACACCAAACCCAAUCUCGAGGACUUCCCGGAACCAAGGAUCUUCUCUACACACUUUCCUUACUCAUGCUUGCCUGAAUCCGUGAAGCGAUCGAAUUGCCGGAUUGUCUACAUUUGUCGUAACCCAUUAGAUACUGUGGUUUCCUCGUGGCACUUUUUCAAGUCUCCGGUGCGGUCGGAGAAUCAACCGGAGAGGUCAAUGGAAGAGCAUUUCGAGACCUUUUGCGAAGGCAAAACAGGGUUCGGACCCUUUUGGGAUCACACGGUGGGGUACUGGAAAGAGAGCUUAGAGGAGCCGCACAAGGUGUUGUUUUUGAAGUGCGAGGACUUGACGGAAAAUGUCGUAGCACAGGUGAAGAAGGUGGCCGAGUUCGAGGGGCUUCCAUUCUCUAUGGGGGAAGAGGAGGCAGGUGUGAUUCAAGGAAUAGCUGAAACGUGUAGCUUGAGGAAGUUGAAGGACCUGGAGGUGAACAAGUCCGGCAAAUUCAUGCCCAACUUCGAGAACAGAAGCUACUUUAGGAAAGGAGAGGUGGGUGACUGGGCUAACAGUCUCAGUCCUCCCAUGGUGGCGCGUCUCCAUAGCAUCAUGGAAGAGAAGAUGAGCCCGUUCGGGUUGGAGUUCAAAACGCGCUAGUCCUCCUUCCCAUA